AUGGUGGGCCGCGGGGCCCCGGCCUGGGCGCGCCCGGCCCCCACGCGCGGCGGGACGAGGCCCUGCGGCGGCGCCGCUCAGCCCGCGGGCAUGGCGCGCCGGGGCCGGUCCAGCCGCUCCGGGGGCGCCACCGCUGCGGGCCGGCGAGCUCGGAACCUGCGGAGACCAGAGGGCACAGUGAGGGCGCGCCGCGGGCCAGACCCCGGCCCCCCGCCCCCCCCCCGGCCCCCCCCGGCCCGCGCCGGGCUCCCGGCCCUCGGCCGCACGCACGCGCCCAAGCGCGCAGGGGGCGGGGGGCGGGGCGGGCAGGGGGGGGGGCUGGGAGCCGGACGGGGCCUCCAGGGGGCGCUGCGGCCCCACCCGAGAUCCAGACCCGCUUCCCGCCGCCGCCAGGAAGGAAAUGGGGCGGAAGUGGUUUCUGCCCGCCGCGCGCGUCCGCGGCCCCCGUGGUGCGUCCCCGCCGGGCCCUGCGGCGUCCUUGCCCCCACCCCGCGCGCCUUGCCGUGCGCGCCCCGGCCCACGACCCAGGAGCAUCCUCUCCCGGCUGCCUCCCAGCGCCCGCCCCCUGCACCUGCACCUGCUGCCCCCGCCUCGGCCACCCCGUCCCGUCGCCCGCGGAGGCUCGCGUCCCUCCAGGAGCCCUCCGCAGCCCCACACCGCCUGCUCGCCUGCCGCUGCCUCGCCGGCUCCCUGGGGGCCCCUCCGGAGGUCGCCCUCCGCCGCCAGCCCCCGCCCCCGCCCCACGGGCCGCCUGCCCCUCUCGCGGCCGGGGCGCGGCUGUCAGCUCCCCGCUCAUCUGAUCGCCCCGCAGCGGACUGGGGCCCACGGCGCCCCGCGCCCUCGCCCGGAGCCCGCCGAGCCCCCGCACCCCGCCUCUGCCUGCCAGCACCCCUGGCCCCGGGCUGUUUACUGUCCUGUCUAGACAAGGACAUAAAAUUUCAUGUCACCCGUGACUGUGAAGCCCAGGCUCAGCCUUCCCCUGCUGACACCAGCGUCCCCAAGGCUGGGGCAGCGGCCACACUCGGGCCCCCCACCGAGUUCGCGCGCCUGGCGGGUGCUGGAGGGGCUGCCCCUCCGCCCUGCACGGGACCAGGGGCUCCCGAGGCCCACCCUCACCCCAGCCCGUGCUGCCCCACGAGCCUCCCCGGCCUGUCCCUGGGGAACCUGGCCCCCGGCCCUGGGUCCUGGGCCGGCCUGGACCCCGCGUGCCCCUGCCCGCGCCCCCCCUCGCCACCUCCUCAGUGCCCAGUGGUGGGGGGCGGGCAGGAAGCGGCCGCCAGCCCCGGCCAGACCCAGGCUGCUCCCGACAGGCUGCGGCUCAGCGCCUCGGCCCGCACCCCGCGGAGCGUGGCCCCGGGCCUCCGACCCGCCCAGGCCGCCACCACGGUGACCCCACGCGCCCUCCACGGGCAGCCUGAGGACCCCGCUCCCUGCCGCCGAGCCCCGGCUGAGCGCUGGCCCCCUGCAAGCGGCCGCUCCCCGGGCCGCCAGCAGGAUGGCGAGCCCGACCCCACGCACCUCACGCCAGGCCAGGCUUCCAUCCAGCUGCCACCUCCACUCUGGGGCCUGGCUACCUGCCCUAGCCGCAGCCCCUCCCCUCUGGCUGUCACUCGGACGGACUGUGGGAGCCUCACGCUGCCUGGAUCCCCUCCGGACACAGAGCAACUUCACACUUCUGGCAGCUGCUCCAUGAACUGUGUGCUGGUCCUCAAGCUCUUGGAGGGGGACGGCAGCUAG